UCCAUUUCCUUCCUUCACUCACUACUCUCUCGCGAAGAAGGGUGCGGAUUUACUCGGUGGCUUCUUGGCGGCGAAUUGACGACAUUCUCGAUUAAUUUAUCUGUUAUGAACAUCCGCAAAGUCGUGUAUUGAUCCGUGGACGAAAUGGGGAAAGUUUUGGUGUUUUCUCUGCUGGUUUUGGCCUCUCUUCGCUCUGCUUCUACUGAGGAGAAGAAGCCCAUCAAGGAAGGCGGUAGCGUGACGCUGGACUUGAGGCCUGCUCCUUCCGAUCCGAUCACCAUCAUCCAGUGGAAGUUUGAAGAUAGUAUUCUGGCAGAAUGGGUGAAAGAUGUGGUUCCUUUGACCCAUAACAGAGACAACAUCAAACUGAACAUAGUCUCUGGACGUUUAUCUAUGGAGAAAAUGACCAAAGCGGAUGCGGGUGUGUAUUCAGUGGAGGUUAACAACAACGUGCAAAAAGUGACAUACAACGUUUUAGUGAUCAACGAUGUUCCCAAGCCGGUGAUAACGUUCUUCCCGCUGGUAUGCAGCGAUGAAAGUCACAACUGUACCCUGAAAUGUGAAGGGGACACCACCGGGGCUGAACCCGUCACUUACAGCUGGAAGACCGGGGAUGGAGAGUGGAAAGAGUCGAGGAAAGCGAAAGUGAUCACCAAGAAAGAGCAUGGACAAGUGAAGAACUUCACCUGCAAGAUGAAGAACCAAGUAAGUGAGGAAGUAAGUGAGCUAUUUACAAAUAAACUCUACAACAAGAAGGAAGAACCAAAGCCCUCUCCAGUUGGUUGGAUUCUUGGAGGCAUCUUUUUUGUUGCCCUACUUGUGAUUGUGGGGGUGGUUGUGGCAUUGAAAAAGAAAAUAAUUCGCUGUGGGAAGGACCUUGAAAAUGGAAAUCCAGACAUCAAAAAUGGACCUGCAGAAGAAGAAGAACGUCUCGAUACACCACAGGACAAACCAGACACCAAAAAUGGACCCGCAGAACCUCUCAAUACACCACAUGAGGACAACACUGUCAUCAAAGAUGGACCUGUAGAAGAAGCAGAACCUCUCAAUACACCACAUGAGGACAACACUGUCAUCAAAGAUGGACCUGCAGAAGAAGCAGAACGUCUCAAUAGACCACAUGAGGACAAACCAGACAUCAAACACGCACCUGCAGAAGAAGAAGCCGAUACUGAACUGUGAAGCUCUUUUCUCAUCUGGCAGAUUGCCAUACCUGCAGACAUGUUGGGAAAACAUGUCAAUAUGUUUUGCUUCAUAUGUGUUUUUUAGCUGUGCACCCUCGACUGUUACAUGCACCAGAAGGAUUGUCAUACUGUCCAGUGUCCUCUCCAAAAUAAUCAUUUGGUUGUACAGCAGCAUGAAAGCAUGAUUUAUAUUUAAAUAUCAAAUGCAAAUUCACAGCCUGUUGUUAAAAGGGACAUGGUCUUAUCGAUAUGAGAGGACUAAUGUAUGAACUUUAGCAAUUAGCCAUCUAUUUUGAUAAUCCAAUUUGCAUUUUUGAGCGUUACUAUUUUAGUUAUUUGAAUGCUACUUCAAAGUUAUAUUUUACUUUUCCUGAUUUUUAUUAUUAUACAUGAUAAUAACUAAGUCGCUUUGGAUUUGUGUUAAUCGAUAAUUUCCCUGAAAGUAUUUAGUGUUUGGGUGAACGAGUGAAAACAUGAUUUAGAUGUUAAUGUGUGUGCAUAAUGCUGAUAAGAGCUUGGUGAUAUUGCAACAAAGUAUCUGGGAGAAAAGAUUCUGACACACACAGACACACUCACACACAUACAGAGACACACACAUAGACACACACAUAGACACACACACACACAUGAAAAAAAACAAGAGAUUAUCUGUUUUCACGUUUCUUAAAUGUGUGAAUUUUAUGCUUUUUUUCGUUGUGAUCCACGACAAUCAACUGGAUUUGAGUUAAUCGAUAAUGAAUGUAAUUGAUACUUGCAGCCCUAGGAUUUGCAUGCUAUCAUGUUCUCUACAACCACCUUAUCUUUUGUCAAUCCAUCAGGAUGUAAGAUGACGAAAAAGCACUAUUUAUCAAUUUUUUAUUAUCCUUAAAGCAGCAUUUUCAGCCAUUUUGGCAGGAAAUAAGUUGAUCAAUACUAAAAAAUAGUAUUAAAUAUUAUUUGUCUUGGUAGUAAGGGAAGAGGAAUGGAUUGAAGUACUCAAUGACAUCCACUCAGUGUCAAAUCAUAUACAUUUCAGUGUGCAGUUCCUAGUAUUACUUCUUAUAUUCCACCAUUUCCACAUGUUCGUAAUAACUUAUCGCCCUCCUCCAAAAAGAGACACUCAGCAAAAUGUGAGGCUUUUUUUAAAUUGAAAACUCAGUGCCAUUUAAUGACUCUAAGUUCCUUCAUGAAUAAGGACUUGAGUCCAAGGAGCCGAAGCACUUAAAGAAACACACCUUUGGCACGCCGUCCACUUUUAAUUAGACGUUGAACAGGAAGCUUCAUUGAAUGUACACUUUUUGUAAUAUACAUGUAUUUUUUACGAGUACAAAUUAGAUUACUUUUGAUAUUUUUAUGCACUGUUUUUUCUGCUUUUAAAAAAAAUGUUGGGACUUCCACAGACUUCUAGAAUUGGCUUGCAAACAUGCAUUUAUCUCCAUAUUUUUUUUAAUUUAUUUUAGUUAGCAUUUAUUAAGUUGUUUGUUUAUAUUCAGUGCCUUUGUGAAUAAACGUGAGUCUUGCUAAACAA